ACGUAGCAACGUGGUCGCGCAACGUAACUUGAUGUCCCCAACUUUUGACCUCACGUCACGAAAACGCCAAGCAGCUCGAGCUGCCAGCCACAACAACAAACGGAGAUAUAAAAGUGAAGAUGAAAGACAAGGUGCGGGAGAAAUUAAGUGAAAAAUACAUCUGCACUCCAAAGCGAACGCGACGCACUGUGAAAACGUACUGAUUGGUCAUCCGGAUGCUGACAUCAGACUGGUUGGCGUCUACAACGCGUCUACAACGCAUGCGCAGAAGCGGAGAUUAUUAUGAGCCUGAUGACUGAAAUGAGUGGUCAUGAUGCUGCGCGGAUCAAACAGCAGCCGCUAUAAAUCCUAAUGCAUCGGCAUGAGAAUUGAAACCUGAUAGCGAUAAGAAUGAGACUGCGGUUUGUAGAUAAAUGGCUGUUUUAAAAAAACAUUUCUUCAACAAGCAGACGUCACUGGUUGAUGACAUCAUCAAUGUUUUCUGUGUCUAUGGUUGUACAGCAAUGGCACCAGGGACAGCGGAUGGUGAUCUAUGGGCUGGUCUUCCUCAUUAUGACCCUCCUCAUCCUCUACAGCUCAAACAGCAACAAUGAUGUGUACAGCCAAUUCAAAGUCACAGAGUUUCACCACAUUGUCAAAAACACCAACCUCAAGAAAUGGGCCGGGAAGGAAGGCUACAUACCUGUUUAUGGCAACAAGAGUAUGAAUCUACACUGCCAUCAGUGUGCACUAGUGACCAGCUCCAGUCACGUUUUGGGGUCCCAUGCAGGAGACGAGAUCGACCGUACGGAUUGUGUCAUCCGCAUGAACGAUGCUCCGACCUCUGGGUACGAAUCCGACGUCGGAAACCGAACCACCGUGCGAGUCGUGGCUCAUUCCAGCGUAUUCCGGGUCAUUCGGAAACCGGCAGAGUUCUUUAAUCGCUCCGAGAACACCGCAGUCAUAUUCUGGGGCCCGUCGACAAAAAUCGGACGGGAAGCAAAGGGAACUCUGUACCGUCUGAUCCAGAGAGUCAGUAUGACAUACAGUAACCUUUCCUUCUUCAUCAUCUCUCCCAGCAAAAUGCCGAAGUUUGACAAACUCUUUCAGAAAGAGACCGGCCGAGACAGAAAAAAGUCACAGUCCUGGUUAAGCACAGGUUGGUUUACCAUGGUGAUUGCCAUUGAGAUGUGCGACAACAUAAAGAUUUAUGGGAUGGUACCACCCAACCACUGCGGUAAACAUCCGCAGCCCAAGCGAAUGCCUUAUCACUAUUACAAGCCCAGAGGUCCAGACGAGUGCGUGACGUACCUGCAGAACGAGAGAGGACGACGUGGAUCACAUCAUCGCUUCAUCACUGAGAAACAGGUGUUUGCACGCUGGGCCAAGCAGUACAAUAUCACCUACACUUACCCGACAUGGUGAGCAACGCCGGCUUCAAGCGAGAGAACGAUCCAGUUUAUUUUUUCCAACUUUCACAUAUCCAACGCGUUGGAUAUGACACGUGGUUGGCUUCCUGUAACAGAUCUUCAUGACCUCCCAAUCAAAAUUGGCUUGAGUUUUUAAACCUGCGUUGCUCAGAAACUCGGACAGUUUGGCUGCAGGAUUAAGUACUGAGCUGAAAUGGAGGCCAUUCUCGGAUCCAGGAAUAGGCCGAAGAUGGACAAUCUGUUUUCUUUUGGAAUUCUUGGGAAAACGGGUGUGAACAGACCAUGGGACUUUUAUCAUUUUUGUCUUAAGCAUGAUCCAAAAACAUCUACUGUAUGUAUUACUCCUCUUUUUCGACUUUUACUCAUAAUAAGUCAUUUUAAAGAGAAUGAAGGCCUUUUAGAACAAGACGGAGAAAAUACACUUUGUAUUAGUUGCCUAAGGGGGUGUGCACACCAAAGCAAUUGAAAACAGAUUUGGUGUGCACGCCCCCUAAAGGUACAUUAAUUUAUAUAUGGUGGUACAAUCAACCCUUUUGAAUGUUUGUCAUUUAAUAAGACCAGAAAUCUGAAUAUAUAAAUAUGGUAAGUAUGGUCAAAUUUAAAUAUUAAGACUGUGUUUUAUUUUGUAAAUAUAAACGAUGUAAAUUGUUAUUUAAAGAUAGUAUUUUUACAUGUUUGUAUGGUUUUAAAACGCCCUACAAAAGAGAUAAAGAAACGUAAAACACAAUUCGGAUAACUUCAUGUGGUAAUCACCUAAUUUUUAGAUUAACAACAACUUUGCUAUAUAUUUAUAUCUAGAAACAUUCCAGUAUUUCUUUGUUCAGACUUUUAUAAAAUCCUUCAGACUGUCAUUAGCAUGCAAAGUCAAUAAUUACAGUUGAACUUUAUUCAGCCUUAAACUCCAGCCAUGAAGAACACAUCCAGCUUAUAUACAGUGUUGGGGAAAGUUACUUUUAAAAGUAAUGCAUUACAAUUAGGGAUGACCGAUGAAUUUUUGUUUCAUCAGCCUUAGCCGAUGACCGAUACAGGUGCUGUAAAACUGCUUUUGCUCACUCAAUUUACAUCAUAAAAAUGACACAAUGAUGAUGCCAAAUGUUACAAGUCUCAAUUUAAAAAAAGUAACAUUUAUAGAACUUUAAAAAACUAUAUUUAACAAAUAUUAAAAACAGAGGGUGUUAUGGAACCAUCUUUUGAUGUUGUCAUGGAAAGGUUGGUUGUUUUUAGUCACUUGACCUGCAAUCGCUUGCGGCUCCCAGCACUCUGUCUGUAAAUAAUGCCGGAAAAAAAUUGGCCACAUAUCGGCCGAUGCCAAUACACAUAAAAUUCGCAAAUAUCGGCCUAUCACUAAUUACAAUAUUAAUUUACUCCCCCAAAAGUAACUAAUUGUGUUACUUAGUUACUUUUUAUGGAAAGUAAUACUUACGUUACUUUGAAGUGACUUUUUCUUGAUCUCUUUUAGGCCUUGUAGGUGUUUUUAAUGACUGAGAAGUUCUGCAUUCAAAAAUCGCUUAUUUCCAUCACAAAAAUGUCAAGCUCUGGCCUGCCAUCUCUUGUAAUGCUUGUAAUACUUGUAAUGCAUCACCCCCAACACUGCUUAUAUAGAUAUACAUAUUAUAUACAUUAAUAUAAUUAUGUUGCUCUUAAAGGUGCAUUGUGUAACUUUUAGAAGCAUCUCUUGACAGAAAUCCAAUAUAAUAAACUCUAUUAUCAAGGAUCUAUAAAGACUUUACAUAAUGAAAAGUUACUUUUUAUUACCUUACAAUGAGACGUUUUUAUCUACAUACACCACGGGUCCCCUUACAUGGAAAGCCGCCAUUUUGUGCCGCCAUGUUUCUACAGUAGCCCUAAACGGACAAACUGCUCUACAGAGCAUGUUUCGUCGCUAUAAUAAUGGCACAAUAUGUAGAGACGUAUGAAUUCGCUAAUCAUGUUCAUGGAUGAGGUAAUGAAUUAAUGUUUUUUUAGAUGUAUGUUUGUUUACAUUAUUUUAUGCAAUCGUAAUGAAUUAGCUGCAAGACACAACAGAUGUGUGUUAGAUGCUGUUUAAGCGCCACUAUCGCGUUUGUCCACUCGUGUUGCCUACAGUUUCCACAAUGAACAGCACGAAUAUAUAUAUUGACAAAUACACGGGACGAACGAUUAUUUUAAACAAUACUUAUUCUAGAUUUACAAAUCCUUGGAAACUUUUAGGAUAAUGCAAUUGCACAACGGCAUUAUAUCACACAUUUUAAAAAUUUUACAUAUUUAUAUACAUUGUGGCUUUAACCUCAUCGCUUGACUGGCUAAUCUCUGCUCUCUCAGGCGAUGACAUGUUUGUCAUGUGUCAGCCACGGUAGCUUCUCCAUACCCUUCGAAAGGGGGGACUGAGCCGCAGGUUGCAGUUCAUGACCUCACCACUAGAUGGCACUAAAAUUUACACAUUGCAUCUUUAAAGAUGCAGUGUGUAAAUUUUAGCGGCAUCUAGUGGUGAGGUUGCGAAUUGCAACCAACGGCUCAGUCCACUGCUCACCCCUCGCUUUUGAAACACACAGAGAAGCUACGGUAGGUGCCACCGGACAAACAUGUCAUAUUCAGAGACAACUGAGUAAAAAAGUUUGUCCAAUAAGGGAUAGUGGGACUUCCAUGCAAGGGGACCCUCAUUGUGUAGAUAAAUCUCAUUCUUAGGUAAUAAAAACAUAACAGUUCAUUAUGAAAGGUCUUUAUACACCACUGAUAAUAUAGUUUUGUAUUUUAUUUUGCAAUUCUGUCAAGAGAUCCUUCUAAAAAUUACACACUGCACCUUUAAGCAAAUGAAAUGCUAAGAUUCAUUCAACAAACCAAAAUGUAUUAUAUUCAUAUCUAACACCAAAAAUACCACAAAAAUACUGUGUUAUGUGUAGAUGCCUUUAUAUAAACCGGUUCUGAUGUUAUUGAUGGGUUCCUUCGGCUAUAGCUGUUAAUACACAUUUACACUUUUAAUACGUGUUUUUCAUUGGACAAUGCUGUUGCUUUCAUUGAAGAACUGAAGUUGUCGCUGGUAUCAGUUGAGGUUACUAAGAUCUGUGGAAGAUCUGUGCUGGUUUAGUGUGUUACCCUUUGACCCGUCUGGUGCUCAGAUUACACAGUUGAUUUGGGAUUAAGCAGUGUAAUGGUUAACAAAGCUGUACACUUGGGUUUAGCAUUCGAGCACUAUGUGCUGACCAGGUCCACAUGAAUUGGACUUAAACCCAAAACUCUCAUUUGGAUUUUAUAGGGUCACACUGUCAGCUGUUAAAUGGCCUUAUUUUCCUUGUCCAUUUGUUCUCAUAUCAGCCAUUAUGCUGCGCAGAAGAGAAUAGGAUUCUGGGUAUGGACAUGCUAUGGUGUAUUUGGUUGUAUUCAGGACUGAAGGGUGAGCAAUAUGGUGAAUGUAUUAUCUGAAUAAUUUUCUCUUGAUUGCAGUAAUAUGACAGUAUAUAACUGUGCUCGUAUCAUGAUGAAUGUCCUUUACAUGCCUGUCUUAUAAAAUAAACGUAUACAUUUGAAAAACA